AUGUCCGAAGCACGGGUACAAGCUAUUUUCAACAUUGAGCCGUUCGAACCGUCUAUGAAUUGGGAACGAUGGGUAAGACGGUUGGAAGGCGUGUUCAAAUUAUUCAAAGUUGAGGACGACAACAAAGUCCCGUAUUUAUUACAUUACAUUGGUGCGUCGGCUUUCGACGUAAUAAGCAAUAAGUGUGCACCGGACGAUCCGUAUACGUGCACCUACAGAGAUUUGGUCGAGAAGCUCAGGCAAUUCUACGCUCCUGCCCCGCUUGAGAUUGCAGAAAACUUUCGUUUUCACCAGAGGCGUCAAAAAGAAGGAGAAAGUAUACUGCAGUACGUUGCAGCCCUACAACAAUUAAGUUUAAAUUGCAACUUCGGCGUUUACUUGAAGACGGCGCUACGUAACCAGUUUGUUUUUGGCGUUACGAGUACGAGGAUACAGUCAAGAUUACUUGAAACAGAGGAUUUGACCUUCGACAAGGCUGUGGAGCUGGCAACGGGCAUGGAAAUGUCGGCAAAAGACACCGAUCAACUACAAGGAUCAACAGCAACGGUUCAAGUCGCGGAUAACAAGAAAUUCCAAAGACGAUCAUCAAAUUACCAGCCUAAACAUACGAAGAAAACGCAGCAGCCACGUUCUAUACAUACACCUACAAACUCUAAAAACCCUAGUAAUACUAAUUAUAGCAAUUCUAAAAAUAUUUCAUGUUUCAGAUGCGGAAAAGGGCAUUUAGCCACAAAAUGUAAUUUAAACCGAAAUAUUCGAUGCGCUGCUUGCGGGGUUCAAGGUCAUCUCCAAUCGGGCUGUUUCAAAAAUAAAGGACAAACACAUAACGUCGAGGAAAUUCUAUACAACGCUACAGACAACGACGUACUACAAUUAGAGCAAGCGAGACACAGAGACAAAUUUCUUGCUAAACUUCAGGUAAAUAAUAAGAUUUUAGAGUUCGAAGUAGAUAGCGGUGCGGCUGUUACGAUCGCAAAUAAAACCCAUAUGCUUAAAUUGUUUCCAAGUUCGACCAUACAACCGACUACGCUUAAAUUAACUACGUAUUGUAAAAAUACACUGAAAACGGAAGGCUACAUAACAGUACAUGUCCAAUACGGUAAUAUGGUACACCAGUUAAAUAUAUAUCUUACAAAUGUAAGUAGAAUACCAUUGUUAGGGCGCGAAUGGUUACGCCAAUUAUUAAAUGAUACAGAAUUACGUAAAAUUUCUUUAAACCAUUGUACAAUAAAUGCGAUUGAAACCGAUAAGAAGGUACAAUUAAAUACGAUCUUACAGAAAUGCAAAGAGAUUCUCGAGCCAGGUCUUGGUCGCAUUACAAAUAAACAAGCACGUUUAACGCUUAAAGAUAAUGCUAAGCCUAUAUACGUGAAACACCGUACAAUUCCUUUCAAAUUAUUGCCAUUAGUAGAAAAAGAAAUACAAAAUUUAGAAGCAACGGGAAUUCUAAAAAAAGUUAAUACCUCGGAGUGGGCUACACCGAUAGUUCCGGUCUUAAAAAAAGAAGGCACCGUUAGAAUUUGCGGAGAUUAUAGUAUUACAACCAACCCGAACUUGAUAGUGGAUGACCACCCAUUACCAACAAUCGAUGAACUUUUCGCGUCUAUGGCGGGUGGUACUACUUUUACAAAAAUUGAUCUCCGACAAGCUUACUUACAAUUAGAAGUCAGGGAAGAAGAUCAAGCGUUACUUACAUUAAAUACACCCUGGGGAUUAUACAAACCUACGAGACUAAUGUACGGAAUUGCCUCUGCACCAGCUAUAUGGCAGCGUGAAAUUGAAAAUAUUUUAAAGGGGAUUCCGGGAGUUACGGUUUUUCUCGAUGAUAUUAAGAUUACUGGCACUAGUGAUGCAGAACACCUGCACAGGCUAGAAUUAGUUUUCCAAAGACUAAACGAAUACAACAUUAAAAUUAAUUUAGAGAAAAGUACUUUCUUUACAAAUCAAAUUAAAUAUUGCGGUUACAUUAUUGAUAAAAAUGGAAUACAUAAGGAUAGUGAAAAGAUCGAAGCUAUAGAGAAAAUGCCUACUCCCCGUAACGUAUCAGAAGUACGAUCUUUCAUAGGUUUCGUAAACUAUUACGGUCGUUUCAUUAAGAAUCUUAGUUCAAUAUUACACCCAUUAAACAAGUUAUUACAUAAGGAGUCAAAAUUCAUUUGUUCCAAAGAAUGCGAAGUAGCUUUCAGAAAUGCAAAACGAACUUUUCAAAGCAACGAGAUAUUAGCUCAUUAUGACCCUAAACUGCCACUAAUUUUAGCUACCGAUGCAAGUUCUUACGGCGUGGGAGCAGUAUUAUCCCACGUUUAUCCGGAUGGUAGCGAAAGGGUCAUACAAUAUGCUUCAAGUACAUUAAAUGAUACACAAAAGAAAUACGCUCAAAUCGAUAAAGAGGCGUAUAGCAUUAUCUUUGGCGUUAAGAAGUUUCACCAGUACCUCUACGGGAACAAGUUCACUUUAUAUACAGAUCACAGACCCUUAGUACACAUAUUCGCCCCUUCGAAAAGUUUACCGAUAUACAGUGCAAUGCGUAUGCAACAUUAUGCGUUAUUUUUAAGAGGUUUCAACUAUACGAUUAAGUACAAAAAUACAAAAUUACAUAGUAAUGCCGAUUGUUUGUCUAGAUUACCAAUUGCAAACCAAAAUAAUACUACACACGACGUAGUCGACAUACACCAAAUAGAUACGAUACAAUCAUUGCCUGUUACAUUUAACGAACUAAUAGAAGCGACGAAACAAAACGCGUCUUUAAAACAAAUAGUACACGCGAUAGAAACUGGUACGUCAUUACCUAAAAAUGAUAAAUUCCGCGGUAAAGAAGUGGAAUUCAGUGUCAAAAAUGGAGUCCUUCUGCGGAGACAUAGGGUAGUCAUACCAAAAAUGUUGCAACCUAAGAUACUAAAAGAAUUACACAAUGGACAUUUUGGAAUUGUAAAAAUGAAAAUGUUAGCACGUAGUUACGUUUGGGUGGACAGAAAUAAUCCACCAAAGAUUAAACAUACUUGGGAGCCUGCUACUUUUCCCUUUGAACGCGUACAUAUUGACAUUGCAGGACCAUUUAAAGGGCAUAAUUUCUUAAUAAUAGUGGAUGCGUACACUAAAUGGCCGGAAGUUUUUAUAGUAAAUAAUAUCACGGCAGAUACUACGAUACAAAAAUGUCGCGAAGCUUUCGCUAGAUUCGGUUUACCAAUGCAAGUUGUGUCAGACAAUGGACGUACCUUUGUAUCCGACGAAUUUCAAAAAUAUUUACAAAAUAAUGGAAUUACCCAAAAACUAACAGCUCCUUAUAAUCCAGCUACAAAUGGGUUAGCCGAACGUUUCGUACAAACGUUAAAGAAGGCUUUACGCACAAUAAAUACAUCAAAUUCAAAUUUACAAGCAGCCCUGCAGCGAAUACUAAUGCAAUACCGAAUCACUCCGCACUGUACAACAGGAACCUCUCCGGCGGAAUUAAUGUAUAAUAGAAAAAUUAGAUGUAGUUUAGACAUAAUGUGCACUAAAAAUGACGAAAAGGGACAAGAAUACGAUGUUGAAAGCGUGCGAAAUUUUAAGGAAGGGGAGAGAGUGAGUUGUAGAAAUUAUCAAUGCGGAGAUAAAUGGAUUUUCGGUAGAAUAUUAAAGCGUAUUGGAACGUUACAUUAUACGAUUAAAUUAGACGAUGGACGAACUUGGAAGCGACAUAUAAAUCAGAUGAGACCAAUUGGAGAAUACACACCUUCACGUUUAUUGUCCGAAGAUAAAAAUCCAAGCAGAUACAUAGAUUAUGCAGCAAAUACAGAUCCCCAGCAAGCUGUGGAUCCGUUAAGAAAUAAUAGAGUAGAAGAACCAUGCGUUGUAGAACAACCGAUUAAUGUACAACAAAUUCGUAGAUCAGAUAGAACUAGAGCACCGCCUAUGAGAUACGGUGACUUUAGAGUUCAUUAA